GCUGGAAAACCUGGCUUCCAGAGCGCUAUCCCGGACAGCCCAUGCACUUCCUCCGGCACUAAGGAUUAUGCGUUCCGGGUUUUGCUUCACGAAAUCUGCGCGAGUAGUAGCCGAGUUUAACAAAAGAAGAGGGUAGCCAAGAGGAAAGUGCUCUAAAAAAGGGAGGGGUAGGGAUAACGGGCAGAUGCGACAGAGGACCCAGAUAUUUGGAUUCCUGAAAUAAAACGAGAUUGGGAUUCUGAUCUUCAGCAUCUUUGCAGUGACUGGAAUCAGCAGCAAGGAGAAAGAUGAAGCCCAACAAGUCUUUUGGUCUAAGAAAUGUCCAGAGAACUACCAUCUAACCCUCCAUUUUCUAUAUUGGUGCAAACAUGGCUUUAUAUGACUGCAAAGGUCAGGUCAAAGUCCCAUUUCUCCAUGAAUAGGGGCAGGGGCACAUCAUUACUAUGAAGCUGAAUGAGCGCAGUGUGGCCCAUUAUGCCACGUGUGACUCUCCAGCAGACCACACUGGCUUCCUAUGUAAGCGUGUGGAGCGCCACCAUCACACCACCUCCUACCAGCGUCGCUGGUUCGUCCUCAAGGGCAACUUGCUGUUCUAUUUUGAAGAGCGGGAGAGUCGUGAACCCCUAGGCCUCAUUGUGUUGGAGGGCUGCACUGUGGAGCUAUGCGAGGCUGCAGAGGAGUUUGCCUUUGCCAUCCGCUUUGAUGGGGCUGGUGCUAAGGCCUAUGUGCUGGUUGCUGACUGCCAAAUGGCUAUGGAAGCUUGGGUGAAGGCACUUUCACGGGCCAGCUUUGAUUACAUGAGGCUAGUGGUUAAGGAGCUAGAGAAACAACUGGAGGAGACCCGGAAGAGCUUGGUUGUCAGCCAUAAAUUUCCAAAGAAGUCAUCUUCUGGCUGGAAGAGAUAUCUCUCCAACCCCACCAUGGUACCUGUCCAGGAGCAUCCUGUCAUCAUGGAGAAUGGUUAUGCUACAUGGGGUGAUAGUUAUUCUCUUGUUGAAGGAGUUUCUUUUGACCAUGAUGGGGGAUAUUUAAAACCCCCACCCCUACCUCCUCGUCGAAGACUGGCAGGCAGUAACAUAAGUGGAGUGCCGACUGCUGGCCUCGCUUCCACUGUACAGGAAAGCCCUGUAUCUCCAGAGACAGCCUGCUUCUCCAAGUUGCAUGAUUGGUAUGGCCAGGAGAUUGCUGAUGUGAGGAGGGAAUGGUUGGAAAGCCAGAAAAAAGUGGAAAUUUGAACAGAGUGGUUGUUUGUCAAGGGGCAAAGAACGAUACAUGUCAAGCACAUUCAGUGACCUUGCUGCACUUUCUGGAUUGAUCUCUUAGCCAAGAGAAUCACCAAAGAUUACCUAUAUUGCUUUCUGGAAGCCCAUGACUGAUUGCAAGUCUGUCUCUUACCAUUUAUUCCACCCUUCCUCAGCAAAGCUCAUAGAGGCAUAUGAUAUAUGAUUCUUCUCUCCUCCUUUUUCUUGGAGCAGCCAUGCAAAGCAGAUUGCAGAGUGUCUGGCCCAAAAGCAUCCAGGGAGCAGCUGAGUGGGGAUUUCAGACUGGGUCUCCCCAAUCCUAAUGCUGUGACACUCUUACUACCACACAACAGAGGGUUUAUGUGUGUAUAUGCUGGGAUACUUACUACCAGAUCUUUGCAUUCUCAGAGGCCGAAGAAAUGGCCUUGCUGUCCCCAAAUCUUAUACUCAACAUGUACCUCAAGAACCAUAACAGUCUUUCAUAAUUUUGUCUAGAAUUGGUUCAAAGUGGGGUGCCCAAGACAAGAGGCAGGCAAUAGCAAACCACCUCUGAAUGUCUCUUGCCUUCAAAACCCUACAGGGUCACCAUUAAGUUGGCUGUGACUUGACGGCACUUUCUGCCACCAAUGUGGAGUCAAUUUUAAAACUGAUUUUUUUUUAAAAGUGUCUGCAGUGGAAGAACUUACAGAAACUUGCACAAAUUAUAAGUCUUUGCAGGAUUGUGUGAGAAAAGGCAUUGCCAUCUCAGCUGUUAAUCAGUUUUCUUCUGGUGGCUAAUAGCCCUAAUUUGAGGAUUAACAGCUCACAUAAAUUGCACUGGGCUUUUGACCUGUAUUGUUGAAUAUAUUUUAUAUGGACAGGCCAGAAAACAAGUCAACUGGUCAGUGAGAAAGUUGUUCAUAUGGGACUUGAAAAAUUUCUCUUCAUAAUUGUAGGUUCUUAAUGCCCCAAUUCCCACUUCAUAUCUGAUUUUGCAGAAAGCUAUUACUCCCAUUUAAAUAUGUAUAUUUCAGCACUCACAGUAUUUCUGCUCUAUAAGAGUAAUACAAAUUAAAAACAUGGAAGCUAUAUGCCUUUCCUACUCACUAGAAUAAAUGCUUAGUAAUUUUAUAUAGCACAUAUUAAAUAUUCAAAGCAUUUAUACAGUUACACAAUAGUAAUCAGGUAUCUCUCAUAAACCUAUAUCUGACCUAGGUCCAGGGUAGCUGAAGGACUGCCUUUACCUGUAUGAGCCUGCCUGCCAACAAAGGUCAUCCAAAGCUCUGCUCUGUGUAUCCUCAGUCUGAGUUGUGGUAGGCAAAAACCAGAGACAGGGUCUUUUCUGUUGUAGCACCAACACUGGGAAGUCCAUCCAAGGCUGAAUUUACAGUUCUUUGGGUGCUAGGGUAAGUUUUUUUAAAAAAUGCUAGUAACUAGGGCUUUUUUUGAACAGGAAUGCACAGGAAUGCAGUUCUGGCUGGCUUGGCAUCAGGGUGUGUGGCCUAAUAUGCAAAUGAGUUCCUGCCCUGUGUGGGACAAUGGUGACAUCAGGGGUAUGGCCUAAUAUUCAGAUGAGUUCCUGCUGGGCUUUUUCUAUAACCACCACCCCCCGCUAGUAACUAGUUUCCCCUUUAUCUGCUUUUAGUCGAGUUUCUCCUUUGUUCCCUGAUUUUAACUAAGCAAGUUUUUAUCUGCUUUAUUUUUAGCAUGUUUUAUGGUUGUGAUUACUAUUUUAAAUUUUAUUAUUGUAAACCACCUUGGAUACUCUUGGAUCACAGUGCAGGAUAGAAAAAGUUUGAAAUAAAUAAACUUCACAUAGCCAUAUCAUGAGGGAAGAAACUAGAUCACACUCCUUAACUUAAACUUCUGAAAAUGGCACACAAGAGGCUUUUUAAGUUCAAAAAUAAUAUUUUAUUCAACACAGAGGGGGAAAAGUCAGGUGAAACCAGGGGUAAAAUGUCUGCCGUAAAUCAAUAAUGAACUCUGAGGUAACAGUAAUUUCCCAUCCACAUGUUUCCAGCAGAUGAGAGUUUAAAGCUUUUCACAGUCUAACAAGCUUAGAGACUAGAGACUUUGAUUUUGGUGUUUCCUAAACACUCCAGUUCAUUUCCUUGAGUUUAAACUGACUCCUCAGAUUUCUGAAGGCAGGAAAAGUGUGCAGAUUCCUUCUCUGAACACUCCAGUUCAUUUUUUUGAGUUUAACUGACUCUUCAGGUUUCAGAAGGCAGGGAACACACCAGGAAGCACUCCAAACUUUGAGCUAUCUCCUUUAUCAACUGGGCAGGAAAUCACUUAACUAGAAGAUCUAUCCCUUUUUCUGGCCACAUGGGGGUCUUCGCGGAUCCUCUUUGCCAACCUUCUCAGUCCUCAGUCAGUGUUAAAUGUUUCUAAGUGCUAACUCUCCUCAGUCAGAACGAAACUGUUCAAGUUCUUAGAAUGAAACUGAGUUCUCUUCAGCAGUCAUUUCCCAAGUCUUUCUGCUCUACUGAUGCUAACCAAUCAAAUCCCUUUGAGCAGCCUGUCACUCAAGGCUCUCUGUGAGGUAUUAACUCACAAAGCCUCACUCCAAAGUUGGAUUUAAAAUUAAGGUUGCUUUUCUCAUGGAUCUUGUUCCAUGCCUCCUUUGCUACAGUAAUUUUCUUUUAGCCUGCCACUUGACAUCACUGUGCUGUUACCCACCUUCUCGGUCUUUCCUUGGCUCUGCUGUGUUAUAAUCUGUCCUUAAAGAUGGAACUCAAGAGUGGGCUUUGAGAGCAUGUAGAUAUGAAGUUAUAUAUUUCCACACCUCACUGCCAACAUCUGAUUCUGUUUUCCCCAGCAUCCCUGGCAGACUGGUGUUAAAUUGAUAGUAGCUAUAUUGCUAUAAUAUCCAAAAACUAUAGCAAUAUUCGUACUACUGAUUUUUUUAAAAAAGCAAAAGCUCUUGAUGGGUGAAGAAAUAGCAGCUGUGAAGGGCAAAACUGAAAAUCCCUGAGUGAAUCAUCUUUGUUACUUCUAGUAAGCUCCCUAUUCUCAAAAGUUCAAUCACAGGUCAUAACAUUGAUAUCUCUGAACAUUACAGGUGGGCUGUUUUGACAUUGCAGCUGUGUACACACCUCACAUUUCAAAUAUGCACAGCUAAGGAUUCAAUACUGCCAUUCCACUCUCAAUCUUUGAAUAAAACUAUCUCAUAGGAUGGACCAAGGCAGAGAUAAAAGCAAUGACUUUUAAUUUUUUCUCAACCACAACCACUGAGUAAUGAUUUCUAUGAUCAUGACUGAGAACUAUAGCUUAGUUCGUGUUAAUAUGAGAUGGAGGAGUUAAGUGGUGUACACAAAUUCUUGCAUACCAUAUUGCUUUCUGAUCUUUUAGUUCCAGUUUUCUCUUUAAGGGACUUGCACAUAAAUAAACUUUAAGUGUUGAACCAACAAAGCCAUUCAAGUGUAAGCCAAUGCAGAUGGUAAUCAUAAGACAUCUGUUCUGUUUAUUUAUGUGGACAACUGCAAUACCUAAAUAGGGUGGAAUAUUGGAGAACUGGAGAAAAAAAUAACCAUCACAAUUCUUUUAUUAAAUUAAAAAAAAAUCAAGCUGUCAUGGCAAAUAAAGCUGCACUUCUGAAAGGAGUGAAAUGUGAAAUGAAAACUUUUAUAUCAGGAUCCAAAGACAAAUUUUCUUCCAGCUGGUCUGGAAUAUUCAUAUUAGCAGUUAAUAGAUUUGCAAACUAUACGGAACUUAAUGGAAUUUAGACUCUUGCAAUGUUGAAGUUGCUUUGCAUGAAAUGUAUACAAUACAGUCUUACUUUUUAAAAAAAUAUUUGCAUGGGCAGUGUUACAUACAGAACAAGGAAAUAUAUUGUUUUUCAGUUAUUAGUAAUUCUGUUUAAUACUGAAUAAAGGUUUUUUUUUAAAGUU